CUCACAGUAGUAAGAUAUACGUCGGUUACUUCCAAGUGCUGCCAGAGAUUAAACUCGCGUUUUUAUUAAUUAUAUAAUUAUUCAUAUUUAUAUUUUUUUAAUCAUGGACAACUAUCAUGAAUUAGGCUAACAAGUGAUUUUUUUAGUGUUAGACUAGUGACGAACUUAUUUAUAAAUUUUCGAAAUAUAUUUUUUAUACUUAAUUUUAAUUUUUCAUAUUUUUUAUAUUGAUCCUGGAACUCUGAUCAUUUAAAAAAAAAAAAAAUAAUAAUAAUUUGUGAUGAGUGAAUUAAAUAGUAAAUAUACAGCGAUUAAUAUUUUAAUUAGAGAAUAAAAAAAAAUUUAACUUGGAUAAAUUUUUUUCUUCAAGGAAUAGGUACAGUGUAAAGUAUAAGAGUCAUAUGAGUCUGAAAAUCACGGAUAUAUAGGUAAAGUCAGGAUAGAAAGAGAGAGAGAGAGAGAGAGAGAAAAAAAGGGUAUCUCGAACCGAAGGAUUGUGGAUACUCCCAGGAGUAAAACCGAGGAAAAGAGAAAACGAGUAAAAUAAGUGGAAACUUGGAUCCCUCGGCUUAUCCGAAAAGUGGAUAAACGCUCUGGAUUUGCUAGUGCCUGGAUCUUGAGUUUAAUACCAUUAACCGAUAAUUAAUUGAGCUUAAUUAUUAAUUGAUUUAUCCAGUAAUCAAUUGUGCGAAAUUAACAAUUCAUCGUUGUCAAUUAGCUUUGAGCUUAAUUUAAUCUUCGAUAGUAGAUAAUUAUUAUUUACUUGUGACGUUCAAUUGGUCUAUUGAUAUCAAAUCAAGAGCCAACACACGUCAUCCAUGAAAUCCUUUCAAGAUCCACCGAUCGUCCAAGGAUGAGGAUGGAAAAUAUUAAAAUUUCUAUUUCUCUAUUAAGGACGAGGAUGCGCUUACAGAGGCUGCUUCUUUGUUUGCUUGGACUUGUUAUUCUCCUUAACGAGUCCGAAGCCAGCUGGGAAGAAUGGUGGACCUACGAUGGUAUUUCCGGUCCUUCAUUCUGGGGUUUAAUAAAUCCGCAGUGGUCUCUGUGCAGCAAAGGAAGACGACAAAGUCCCAUCAACAUUGAGCCAGACAAGUUGCUCUUCGAUCCUCACCUUAGGCCAGUCCAGGUGGACAAACACAAAGUUGCUGGAUAUCUACAUAAUACUGGACAAUUUUUAGUAUUCAAAGCCGAUAAGGACGCAAAGACACGGGUCAACAUUACUGGUGGACCACUCGCGUAUCACUAUCAGUUUGAAGAAAUUUAUAUUCAUUAUGGGAUGACAAAUGAACAUGGAUCUGAGCAUCAAGUUAAUAAUUAUGCUUUUCCAGCAGAGAUUCAAGUAUACGGAUUCAAUGCUGAACUUUAUCACAAUAUGAGUGAAGCACAACACAAAAGCCAAGGUUUGGUUGCUAUUUCAUUGAUGGUUCAGCUCGGUGACUCACCAAAUCAAGAACUACGAAUAAUAACCAGUGUAUUCAAUAGCGUACAAUAUCGAUCACAAAAAGCUCCAGUUGGUCAUCUGUCCCUUAAAGAACUGCUGCCGGAUACUGAGGGAUACAUGACAUAUGAAGGAAGCACAACACAUCCGGGGUGUUGGGAAACGACGGUCUGGCUCAUCGUCAACAAACCCAUCUAUAUGAGUGCUCAAGAGCUUUACGCAUUAAGAAGACUAAUGCAAGGAACUAAAGAUAUACCAAAAGCACCGCUUGGAAAUAACGGAAGACCGAUUCAACUUCUCCAUCAUAGAACCAUACGGACAAAUAUUGAUUUUCGUAAAGCACCAGACGCUAAAUGUCCAUCCAUGGUACCAAACACCCAUUACAGAGAUGACUUUUUUUUUGCAGCAAACACGUGGUCUGAUGGAACAAUAAGUCGAAAUUCUCUCUGAACAUUAAAAAUAUCAAAAUAAAAUAAAUAAUUCUAAAUGAAAAGAAGCAAUUUUGCUAACAAAAAAAUACAAAAUGCUUUAGUGCACGUUCUUUGUCCAGAACGUUACGCUAAAAAUAAUUAUUAAACAUUAUUAUCAAAAAAAAAAAUAAAUAAAUAAAUAACACAAAUCAAUAAUCAGAGCUUUACGUGUUUCGAUAAACUCCCUAUUUAUUUUAUUUUAAAAUAAAAUCGAUGAAAAGAUGUGGCGUUAAUUGCAAAAACAAUAAUGAUUUUUAAAAAUAAAAUUGACAAAUUUUGUCGAUUAUUUUGUAGACGAAUAAUGUAAUCCAUAAGGACAUAAUGAAAUUUAUAAACUGAAAGGUGUAUCGAUAAAAAAGAAAAAAAAAAUGUUAACAGCUUUGAUAAAUUGACAAGAAAGUUUUGAACCCUGACAAAAAAAAAAUCAAGACAUUUUUUAAAAAAAAAUGUAAACUAGACCAAGAGUGAAUAUUAAAUUGGUAAUGUAGUUUAGCCAAAGGAGAAAUCCUUACGCUUUUGUAUAUAAUUUAUCGAUAGGCAAAUAAAAUUAAAUGAAAAUAUGAAUUUAGACGAAAUGUAUAGUAAUAAAAAUAAAAUAAAAAGAAAAAUAAAAUUGUAUAUUAUAAAAAAUAACAACAUUUAAAAUGUAAUAAUUGUGGUUAACGAAUAUUGAUAACA